UUACCCCAAUGUUUGAUCAGUAUAUUUUCUCGGAAGGCAAUCAGCUUGCCUUUACAGAUUGGCUCAAGAGUGUCAGCGAAAAUAUCAUCGUUGACAUGGCUUCAAGAGCGCACGAAGAUGUGGUUAUGCGGCUGUCACAUUUCUUCCACCAGGCCAAUAGAAAUCAACGACUUCAUUAUCAUCCAGCCUUCAGAAAGAUGAUAAAAAUUGCACCGGAUCUUUGUAUUGGCCCAAAUAAAGUGUACGUUCAAGCACCUACUUUUGCCACGCGUCCUGUUACCAGGCAUCAGAGUUAUACGUUGUCCGCCUCCACGUCCAGAUCGGCUAAUUCCUCCCGUAGACAUUGA